AUGGUAAUGGAAUCUUGCUCGCGUCAAUGUGUACGUCGAACAUUAUACGCUGUUAUGAUCGGAACAUCACCUAUUGUUCUAUGCCUUCUAUUAAUUGCUAUAGUACGAUUGAUCUUACAUCAGAUUGAAACAAAUUGUUUUCGUCGACAAAAGUCACUGGAUUAUCGCCGUUCAUCAUCUAUUUUCCAUCAAGGCGGCCGACCAACUCUUUCCUAUACUCCUGUGUCAACAACAGAACUGCAACGAAUCAUUCAAGGUAAACCGCCGAAUGCACUAUCGAUAACUGCUCCCAGACCGACUCAUGAUUCGCCAUUAGCGUCAAGAUUUAUGCGGUCGAUCUUAUCACGACGUGAACAAUCGCCACUUUCGUCCUCCACAGCAACACUCGCCAAUUUAGUUAUUCGUCGAGAUGCUCUCAGUACAAGUCCAAUAACAGCAUUACUCGCACCAAUAUCAACAUAUCCGACAACAAUGGUAGAUGUUGUUAAUGAAAAACGAGAUAAACGACGGAGUGGUGCAGUAGCUAAACACGAAUCAAUAGACACGUCAACAUUGCCAUCAACACACACAAGAAAUCGUCUCGUUGACUUUUUCGACACGAACAACUCAUUCGACGCUGAACAAAUUGAAUAUGAUCCUUUCAUGUUACUGGCCAGAUCACGAGCAGCAAAUGUUUCAAAUGUUGCGCUCGAAGAUGUUCUCGACUUUCACUCCGUACGUUCAGUACCAUAUUCCUUGUACCAUGUUAAUUAA